AUGAGCGCUGUGAUCAUCCCACACCACGUGUCGGAUCCGAUCGAUCGCAAGAUGCUAGGAGGUUACCAGGACGGAUACUCACGUCCUCGGGAUGGCUCUAGAUCGAGCUCCUCCAACACGACCCCCACCUCGACCGCCCCGCCAACCGUAGGCUCUGCUCGGCUUCGUGCGCAAUCUAACGAUGUCCCCGCCUACAUCAAUUCCCAAACUCCCACCUAUCACCCUCACUCUCAACCCCCAGCCCCAACCACAACCCCAGACUCCCACUUCCCUCCGCCGUCCAUGAACCCUCAUUCUAGUUAUGGGAUCCAACCCGACCAUCCGUCUGCCUACACCCAUGCUCAGCACCAGCCCCAGCGUAGCCAUUCUCCACGUCUACACCCGACCUCUCGCUCCAUGCAAUCCGUCCCUGGCUCCGAAGCCAACUCCCCGAGUCGAAUUCGUGUCCAGAGCUUGUCGCACAUCCAGAGUCUGGCCAGCGAAGACUUCCUCGCCCAGUCGCAGAGAUCACAUCUCCCCGGUCAUGGUCUCCAGCCGCGCAAAUAUGAGAUCAGCUCGAUGCCCGUCACUGAUAUCAUCGAGAUGGUCGCCGGCCUUCUCACCAAAAUCACCACCACCAAUGAUAAACACCACGAGGAUAUUCAUCGCCACAUUCCACCUCCCGACGGAACGAAUAAUUUAAGUCCACAAGCGACCAGCGUCCUUGCCUUUCACGGCAAAAACGUCCCCAGCAUCUCCAUCCUCAGCUAUCUCACCCGCAUACAUAAAUACUGCCCUACCACAUACGAGGUCUUCCUCAGCUUGCUGGUCUAUUUUGACCGUAUGACCGAGCUGGUCAACCAGGACCAGUCACAAAGUCGCUGGGAAGGGCCUUCGCUUGAACCACCCGGAUCAUCCGCUGGCCAACAUCAACAUCAAAAUCAACACGAACACACACCGGAUAACUCGAUAGUAACACCGCCAUCAUCCACCCGGAUGGCCGCACAGGACCCAAAGAGUCCCAACUCCUCUAUAUCACCCGGUUUAUAUCCACAAGGCGAAGAGGGAAACCUCUCCCAUUUUUUUGUCGUGGAUAGCUUUAAUAUUCAUCGACUGGUCAUUGCGGGCGUGACCUGCGCGAGUAAAUUUUUCUCCGACGUGUUCUAUACCAAUUCCCGAUAUGCAAAGGUCGGCGGCCUCCCAUUAGUAGAGCUGAACCAUCUCGAGCUCCAAUUCCUCCUGUUAAACGACUUCCGCCUCGCAAUCCCAGUCGAAGAACUGGAGGCCUACGGCACAAUGCUAGUAGAAUUUUAUGCGCGAGAAGUUGUCGCGCAACAAGCCCAGGAGCGCGCGAUGGCCAUUCCAAGAGCCAUCAAUCCGUCCUCUGAUCCACACUCAGAGGCCAUGUAUAUGCGCUCCUCCCGUGAUAAACGACAACCAGGUCUGGGGCAAACCCCCACCCCGCCCUAG